AUGAAUUGUGUGAUGACUAUUAGCUCCCAAACUAGAACUGAACAAAACAAUAUAAAAGCUGUCAUAAUUUCUUCGUAUAAUAAACUAUACAGUGAAUUUUCUACAACAGAAUUAACCGAGGUUGGAAAUUACAAAAUCCUAGAACAAAUUGGGGAAGGCAGUUUUGGGAAAGUAUAUUUAGCAUUACAUAAACCUACACAUCAAAAGGUUGUGAUUAAAACCAGUUCUAAAAAUGAUCCGAAUAUAGUGCGAGAAGUCUUUUAUCAUAGACAAUUCACAUAUCCUCAUAUUACUAAAUUAUAUGAAAUUAUUGUGACAGAGACUAAAGUCUGGAUGGUUUUGGAAUAUUGCCCAAACAAGGAAUUAUAUGAUCAUUUAUUAAAAUUGAAAAGGAUACCCAAUGGUGAAUGUACUAAAUUAUUUACUCAAAUUGUGGGAGCAGUAUAUUAUGCACAUUCUUUAAAUUGUGUACAUAGGGAUCUUAAAUUAGAGAAUAUACUGUUAGAUAAGAAUGGAAAUGCAAAAUUGACAGAUUUUGGAUUUACUAGAGAAUCUAUUCAGAAGACUACUUUAGAAACAAUAUGUGGUACUACUGUCUAUAUGGCACCUGAAUUAACUGAAAGAAAAAAUUAUGAUGGAUUUAAGAUUGAUAUAUGGGCUUUGGGAGUUAUUUUAUAUACUAUGGUAUGUGGUGUUAUGCCAUUUGAUGAAGAUGAUGAGACAAAAACUAAAUGGAAAAUUAUUAAUGAGGAUCCAGUUUUUGAUGAUAAUCUAAUGAGUGUGAACUGUAAAGAUUUACUAAUGAAGUUAUUAUCUAAAGAUCCUGUACAAAGACCUAGUGUAAAAGAAAUAUUACUACAUGAUUUUCUUCAACCAUAUGGGGCAUUAAUACUAGAAAAAACUGACAAAAUAAUAUCCAAACAAAGGAAGGGUUCUAAUAAUUUUAAUACAAAAUUAGAAAAAAAGUUAUUGAAAAGGUUAAAGAGAUUAGGAUAUGACACUCAAGCAAUUAAACACUCUGUCUUUAAAAAGAAAUGUGAUUCGUUAUCUGGAUUAUGGUUUUUAUUACUAGCCAAAGAAAAAAACAUGAAAAACGUAGCUAUCCAAAGAGAAGCCGAUCAGUUUUGUCUGUUAAAAGAGUUCUAG